UCUCCUUUUUCUUCAGACGCAAAGACGACGGCCAAGAGUAGACACAUAGAUCCACGGCGAUCCUUGGUGACCAUGCCCCGUUGCAGAGUGAACCUGAGCACCAUGAUUUUCCUGGUCAUCCUGCAGGGGGCAGCAGUAGUGCUCUUCUGUGGCUGGUAUGUCCAGCUGAAGCCUUGCAAUGCCACACACUCCAAUGGCAAAGUUCACGUGCUGCUGCUUUCUUCAUGGCGAUCAGGGUCCUCUUUCCUGGGUCAGGUGUUCAGCCAGCACCCGUCGGUGUUCUAUCUAAUGGAACCUGCUUGGCACGUCUGGAGAAAACUACAGGUAUCUGGUGUGAGGACGCUCCGCAUGGCUGUAAGGGAUCUGAUACGAAGUGUAUUCCAGUGUGACUUCUCAGUAAUGGAGUCUUACCUGCCACAGGAGUACAAUUUGUCCUCCUUGUUCAUGUGGAGUCACAGUCGAGCGCUGUGCUCGCCUCCAGCCUGCUCUCUCGCACCGCGCAACCAGUUCAGCAACCAGACUGAGUGCCUCAAAGUGUGUGGCACUCAGGGCCUGGAGGGGGCGCAGGAUGCCUGCGGCACUUACAGCCAUGUGGUGUUGAAGGAAGUACGAUUCUUUGAGCUGGAAUCCCUCUACCCACUUCUCCAGGACCCAAGUCUAGACCUUCGCAUCAUCCACCUGGUUCGAGACCCGAGGGCAGUGGUGCGGUCCAGAGAGGAGUCAGCCAAAGCCUUUGUGAGUGAUAAUACCAUGGUCCUGGAGCAGAGAAAAGUCCCAGUGGAGGAGGUGCAGUAUGAAGUCAUGCAGAAGAUCUGUAGUAGCCACGUGCGCAUCAAUGAGAGAGCUCUUGUGAAUCCCCCUCACUUUCUUGAAGACCGUUACAAGUUGGUUCGCUAUGAGGAUGUGGCGAUUAACCCACUGGAAGAGAUAAAUGCCAUGUAUGAGUUUGUUGGUCUGGAGAUGACCAGCACACUGGAGCAGUGGAUCUACAGGGUGACACAUGGCAAAGGUAAAGGCUCUCGGAAAGAAGCCUUCAAAAUUACUUCCCGAAAUGCUGCAGAUGUUUCUCAGGCAUGGCGCACCACUUUACCAUACAAGAAGGUGAAACGGAUCCAAGACGUGUGUAAGCCAGCCAUGUCAUUGCUUGGCUACAGAACAGUUAACAGUGAAAAAGAGCAAAAGAACCUUGACUUGGAUCUGCUGGUGCCACAGGAACCAUAUCAGUUCAGCUGGUUACCAGCAAAAACAGAGGUCCCCAAUAAGCUGUAAAGUGUGAACCCGACUUCAGAAGGUCACACGUGCUGGUCUUAUUACACAAAGCUGGUCUUAUUACACAAAUUACACAAAGCCUCAUGUUCCU